AUGGAUCGAGAGCGUCGACUGUCGCGGUUGACAGCCAAACUACUCCGUCGGCCUUCCUCGUCUUCCGCAAACUUUGUUGUGCCCAACUUGCCCAGCCCCAGCACCACAGCCAGCACCACCGCCAGCACCACCACCAGCAACACCAGCAACACCAGCACCACCACAGCGAUCAAUGUCAACCCCAAUGUCCAUGCUGCUGCAGUCGGUGCUUCUCCUUCCUCUGGACCUACCGCCGCCAUAAAUUGUCGCUUCUCUGCCUCGUCCUGCUCCUCGCCCAUCAGCCCAACAGAUGAUAACUCCAACCGCCUCUCCCCGUUAACUGCAAGGAGACUGCACAGUAGGGAUCAAGCAGCCGCAAUCGAUUCAGCCAAGGCCAAUGAACAGCACCCCUUACCUACGAAGUCUAGAGACAACGAAGAGAUAGCCGAGCACGUCGACCAAUUCCCAGCUGUCAGUUUCCAGUAUAACACUGCCAGAGAAGGGGGACUCGACGCAGAUUCGUCUGCCCGCUCUUCGUCGAGCAGCUCGCGGGCUCCAGACUCAACAGAAGACCGCCUGCCACUUCGUCCAUUGGAAGCAUACUCCCUCUCCAGGGCCUCCUCGAAGGACAAAGGCUCCCACUUCCGAUCUCCUCGUCCACCCCACCCUCGCUCCUCGGUAACAUCCACCUCGUCGUCUCUGAACAUAGUUGAUGAGUCUCGCAGAUCCAAUACCCCAUUAUCGACUACUAGCGCAUCUGCCAAACUCACCCCUACUUCAAAACCGGUUUCCCGCCCCAGCAUUGCUGUCCGUCGCCAGUCCCUGGUCCCCUCUUCCCAGCAACGCCUAAUCAGCACACUCCUUGAACCCUCUUCGUCGGCCGGUGGGGAUUACUUCUCCAGCGGCCUCCCCUCCAUCCACCGCGACAUGAUCAGCCGAAAGGUAUGGGUUAAGCGGCCCAAUUCAUCCCCUACCCUGGUUGCGGUCACAGAGGAAGAUCUGGUGGAUGAUCUGCGCGAUGUUAUCUUGAAAAAAUACAACAAUUCCCUUGGCCGCACCUUCGAUCCCCCAGAUAUCACUAUAAAACUCAUUCCGCGAGACCCUUCGAGUCGACAGAGCUCCCAUGAGCGAGUCCUUGGCCCGGAGGAACCUGUGGGUCGCACUUUGGAUACCUUUUACCCUAGCGGACAGACCGUGGAUGAAGCAUUGAUCAUUGAAGUUCCCCAACGCCGAACACCAAAACCCUCCCCCCGACAACAUAACCCUGGCUACUGCCAUUCAGAAGAGCUACACCCAGGAGAAUCCGGAGAGUAUUUCCCUCCAAUGGCUAUGAUUCCUCAGUCCAAUGCUUCUGGCUCCGUUUCAAAUGCCAGCGCAACUAGCUCUCACCAUGCUCCCGCUCAUUCCAUGUCCGUGAUCACAACCGGACAACUUCCUCCCGUUCCUUCGCCGGGGAGUCGUGGCUCCUGGCACCAGCAUCAACUUCAAUCUCGUCCUAAAUACGGCCGCCAGCAUACAUCUUCACCUACCGUCGUUUCUACGUCUCCGAAUCAAAACAUGGCAGCUCCCUCACCCGAGCAACCCCAGAAAACAACUACCUCACCACCAGUUCGCACGUCUUCCCCUCGCCCAACUCAAAAAUCACGAAAGUCCAAAACCCGCAGCAACAAUGGUUCCCUCCCUGGGAGCCUGCUAGAUGGCACUGUCCCUCCCAUUAAUGUAUUAAUUGUGGAGGACAACAUUAUCAACCUCAGGCUUCUCGAAGCAUUCAUGAAACGACUUAAAGUGCGGUGGUCGACCGCAAUGAAUGGUCGGGAAGCUGUUAACAAAUGGCGAGCCGGCGGGUUCCAUUUAGUCCUGAUGGAUAUCCAACUUCCGGUCUUGAGCGGUCUUGAAGCUACCAAGGAAAUACGGCGCUAUGAACGACUCAACAACAUCGGAGUAUUCUCGAGGACUGUUUCUGGCCAGUCGGCAAAGGGUUCAACAUCUUCCUCAACACCGAGCUCGCCGGUCGAAGGCAAAGAUAACAGAUGUCAUGAAACCCUGAGGCCGGAAGAUAAGUUGGAAAAUCCAGAGGCCUUUAAAAGUCCCGUUAUCAUCGUUGCAUUGACGGCGAGCAGUUUGCAGAGUGACCGAAAUGAGGCAUUAGCUGCAGGCUGCAAUGAUUUUUUGACCAAGCCCGUGAAUAUUGUAUGGCUAGAACAAAAAGUGACUGAAUGGGGGUGUAUGCAAGCCCUAAUUGACUUCGAGGGAUGGAGGAAAUGGAGGAAAUUCGACGAGCAACAAAAUCCGGAAGGUCCAGUGCCGGUUACAUCUUCUACAACUUCCCUUGAACCCCCCGGCGGCCGAGAGUCAGAGACCGCUGCUCUCCAACGCAGAAAGUCACAGCCGAAUAUCACCCACUUGAGCGGCAACGUGAAGGCCAUGACCAGCAGCGAUAACAGUAGCAGCAGUAGCAACGACAACCGUAAUUCUAAUAACGGCAAUGAGGAAGCCUCGGCUAAUCGGGACGGAGCAGCGAUCGCCACUAGCAGUCCUACCAAGCAAUUAUCUGCUUCUGGGAAAGAGUCUGGAUCCAACAACCCCUCAUCCCCAGUUGCAGUAGCAACAGCAGCAGCAGCAGGCGUUGCUAAUAGAACUUCCAAGCCGGAUGCAACGAGCCCUGGUGAGAGAGGUACCGCGGGAACGUAUUCAACCGGUUUCAAGCGAGUGAAUCGGAAUACGAACUCAAGGAUUUAACGAGCGUGGAAAUUUCCAUGACCUGUUCUCGAGUGUGUGUUGAAGAGCGUACCUACAUACACACACACUCACUCACAGACACGAACAUACAUACAGACAGAGAGAGAUAUAUAUAUAUAUAGGGAUGAGAAAGAUACAGACAGUGGGAGCUAGGGCGAAAUACAUUUUCCCCUUUUGUUAGUGUCAUUUAAUUUAUUCCUUCUUAAUUC